AUCCAUGUGUGCUCAAGAACUGUGCUGGUGACACCAAGUGCAUCAAGAGCGCUGCAGGAGUGGCUUCCUGUGCUUGCGAGUCUGGCUUUGUGAUGCAGCCCGAUGGCACCACAUGUACUGACACCUGUGCCAUCAAGAGCUGCAAUCUUCCAGGCUCCGUUUGCGUGAAGGACGCUGCAGGCAUGGCCUCCUGUGUCUGCAAAAUGGGCUAUCAGAAUGUGUCGGGCGCGUGCACGGCACCUUCCCCCUGUGGGGUCUGCCCUGCAGGGGCCAGCUGCACUCCAGUUGCGUACAGUUCAGCAGUGUAUUGCCUCUGCCCUCCUGGUUCUGGCAUGACCGCAGUUGGUUGCGUCCUAGACGCCACCCCCACCGUCUCCUCUACCAGCUUCACCUACUACACGCUCCCAGGCUUCCGCGUAACGCCAGCCACCUACACCAUGCGCCUCACCUACAACGGCUGCACCAACCUCACAGCCUCCUCUGCGCCAGACAUCCAGUCGUAUGGCAGCGUGCAGAACGCCCCUGGAGGAGUGGGACAGUGCCUCGAGAUUCGCGCUUACUACCAGGCAGGGUGCAUCGGAACAUAUAGUUUGUUUCCUCUCUCGACAGGAACCGGCAUCAGCACUACGAGUAUUCCGGCUUAUUACGGGUAUCCUUUCCGCUCCUUCGGCUGCUCUAUCUUUGAGAACUGCACUCUCAACAGCUGCAGUGCGAACGGCAAGUGCGUUCAGGACAGUGCAGGAGUGGCCUUCUGUGCUUGUGAUGCUGGCUUUGUUCUGCAGCCCGACGGCAGGACGUGCGCUGCGGGCUGUGGGUCCUUGAUCUGCGAUCCCACAACUGACUGUGUGAGGGACGCUUCAGGCGGUGCAUCCUGUGUGUGCAAGGCUGGCUAUCAGAACAUCUCCGGCAUUUGCCUCGGCCCCGCCACAUGUGGCAACUGCCCUACUGGAGCCACGUGUGCUCUUGCUUUCGGCUACAUGCCAUACUGCAUCUGCCCUGCCGGCUAUGCCAUGACCAGCACUGGCUGCGUCAGCGGUGCGCUGCCCACUGUCUCCUCCACCAGCAUCACCUUCUACGACCAGAGCAAUUACACUAUCACACCUAACACCUACACCAUGCGCCUGGAAUACAACGGCUGCACCACCAUCCCUUCCUCAACUUCCUCAAAAAUCCGGUCGCUUUUGAUCAUACACAAGGUGUCCGGAGGGGUGGGGAACUGCUUUUCUGUGAGGCAAUACACUCAGGAGGGGUGCGUUGGAACGUACACUUCGUACCGUUCCUCUGGAUCUGGGAUGAGUGGCAUCGGUUACAC